CGUCGCACAGUCGUGACGACACACAUUUGUUAGAGGCUACAUAAACUUCGGUCACUGUACCGCGAACCAGUCGCAGCUUGCAGGGAAUCAGCCUCAGGCAUGGCUUGUGAAGGUGGCAAUGGUGCUAGUGAAAGUGACGAAACCGGAACAGAAGUAGACGAGGAUCAUCACAAUGAAACUUUUGGACAGUCGCCUUCAUCGAAAUUCAAUGGUCCCAGCACAUCUGGUCACUCCUCUGGGAAGGUAUCAAGGACAACUUUGCUGAGCUUCUUCAAACGAACGCGGCCUGACAGUGAUGAAGAUAUACCUGAAAAUAUUCCCACUAAAAAGAAAAAAUCAUUGAAAGUCGAAUCUCCACAACUCAUCUGUUUAAAGUGUGGUCUCAAAUUUAAACGUACAAAUAAAUAUUACCUUGAAAGGCACGGCAAGGAGAAACAUAAGUAUGACACUGGCUAUAAUGCAAGUAAAGACAUCGUCCACAUAGAUUCGCCUAUGAAUACCAGGCCAUUUAAACAUGACACAAAAAGGAAAAAUCAUCUUGGAACCAAAUCCACGCAUCAAAAUGGCGACAAGCCGCCUUCAGAUUGCGAGAAGCCGCCUUCAGAUUGCGACAAGCCGCCUUCAGAUUGCGACAAGCCGCCUUCAGAUUGCGACAAGCCACCUUCAGAUUGCGACAAGCCGCCUUCAGAUUGCGACAAGCCGCUGCCCUCAGUUCCCGCACAUCAGCCGUCGCCUGCUGCUGCUCCUUCACCAUCACCUACAAUACUCACAUUUGAAGACGGCGCAAUGACUGACGUCAUGGAGAUGCCAUCUUCUUUAGAUACUGCACGGCCCAUAUCUCCAACGCCUUCUUCCGGCGAAAUAAUGCCGCGUCUGCGUGCAGCUCAGCCAGUAACCCUUGAAGAUUACGUACUCAAGAAAAAAAAUACCGAAGCUCCGACUACCAACACUUUGGCAGAAAUAUUGACGACUUUACGCAAUUUGGAAGCAAAGAUUGACCAAAUCUCAAUGCAACAUCCGUCGAAGAAGCUUGAAACCUCAAGUUACCUGAUGGAUGCUGCAACCACUCAACGUUUCCACGAGGCAACAUCCAUCGCAGCUGUAGCUGCUUGUACUUCGAUUGUUUUGGAGCCGCUUGAAAUGGGAGAGGAAACAAGAAUUUACUGUUCUCUGUGUCGGGAGGCUUUUGGUCUUGAAGGCCCAUCUAAACAUGGGAAAAAAAUGCUGUCAUCUAUCAAGUUCUGCGAGGGAUUCUUGGAGAAAAAUGAAAACCUCGUUGCUGCUAAUGGGCUAAAUAAAACAAAAAACCCAAAACGUUUCUCCGAACUCAAGAAAGAAAUUGGGAGUCACCUCACCGGUAUGAGCACUUCUGGCCAUGCGCAUCUAGACGCUCACAAACUGAAAAAGAGAGAAAUGGAAACUGAGGAGAAACACGUGGACGCAUUGCAGAACCUGGUCAAAGCUGCCCUCACAACAAUCAAGAUGGGCGCCGCGGCGGAGCACUUCGAGACUGAAGUCGUGAUGCUCGACGAUGCUAAAGUAGACGUAGGCACUCUGGGCCAUUCUCGCAAGCAGAUGGAAGGAUUCACGGACGCUUUAAUUGGUCACUGCCGGCUGAAGCUGAAGAGAUACCUCACUACACCACUUCCGUCCACUUCCUUUUUCCCCCACUACGCUGUGGCGUGCGACAAGAGCACGCCAGGGCGCGAGACAAACCACGCUAUUAUGCUUCUGGCCCCGUAUAAAGGAGUACGACAAGCCUAUCCAAUAGGUGCACCAAAAGUGUACUCUAAUGAAGAGGGUCGCGUAGUUGGUGGCACUGCAGAGGAGCUGGCAGCCCAAGUGAUUGAUACUAUCGUCGAGUUUUCUCUCGUCGAACCAGAGAACUUGAGCUAUUUGAUUGCAAAUCAUUCAGACGGCCAAUACCAAUCAGUUGGUUUCCAAGCCGAACUCUCGAAGCACUGCCAAACGAGCACAAGAGAAGGUCGCGCCCAAGGACUAGAAUUUCCAGUUAUUUGGGACGGCGCCCAUUGGCUUGAUUUGUGCAUCAAAACGACGAAAGACAAGUCUUCAUCUUCCAAGUUCUUUAAAAAGUUCCUGGAUAGAGCGAACUCCUUCAAUGACAUGUUUCAUUCAGGGCGUGGCUAUGAUGAGUAUAAAGCCGUGAAGGAAAAGACGAAUGCGCAGGGAGUUCGUUUGUCUGGAUACUCAGUGACAAGGUUUUCAAGCUCUGCUUUCGACUCCUUGAAGGGGCUUUACAGCAGCUAUAAGGCCCUGAUUUUGACUUAUGAAGAGAAUCGGGAGACUGAAAGUGAUACAGAUGAAAUGAAAUUCAAGAUCAGGGGUUGGGAUUUCGCGCUAGAGCUGUGUCUAAUGUUGGACAUCUUUCAACCUAUCGUCUCGGUGAUGGUGCUGAGUCAACGGGUCGGCCAACAAAUUUGGAGCAUCACAGCGUGGAUAGAAGAUUUAAUCCAAUUACUGAAAACGAUGGAGAACGAUCUACGAAAGCUUAAACGCAAAGAAGAUCUUCGUCUCCUUCCUAUCGCCCGCUUUCCCAUCACUACAGCUCAUACGAAGGAACUCCUGUCAUCUACUAAAGAAAAUAAACAUGGAACCUUUCAUUCUAUGCCGCUGGUUGAGGGUUGGCUCGUCGUCGAUAAGGAAGAGGGAAGCAAAAAUGGAAUUGACUGGAAAAUGCUAGAAUUUAAAGAAAUUGCCAAGGAAUUAUGUACUCUAACUACGAAUCUAAUUGCAAACAUCGAAAUCAGGCAUAAGAGUGGCAUAAAUGGCAUGGCUUCUACCUUGGCUGCUUGCAUCGCUCCUAUUCCCAUAAUCAAGAGGCUGUGUGGAUCGAGAUCUGGUCCCACCAAGAGGCCCAUAAUGGGAGGUGGAGGUCAACAGCAGAAUAGAUUCAAGACCGAUGGUCGAGAAGCUUUCAGAGCGUUUUACGCUUAUGUUUGCGAACUACCUCACAUUUCAUCACGGCAAAAAAAAGAUGGGCUCCUUUUUGACGAGGAUAUGGCUGACGAAGUAUUCAGCAAAUAUACAGAUUUGUUGUAUGACAUGGUGUGGAACACAAACUCUCUGCGUCGCAAAGUCUUUACAGACUUGCCGACCACCACGGCAAGGCUCGUGGAAUUCAGCUUUCACGAGCAUGACCAGACAACUCUGCAAGCACCGAUCUUCCGCUUCCGCUUCUCUGACCGUAGCGAAACCAAAAGCGCAUUCGAUGAAGGUGCCUUUAUCUCGGCUAUCUACACUGAGGAAGAGGUCUACACGGAGCUUGGAAUUGAAGCAGCAACCGCACUAGACGUCGCCGUGGCAAUGGGCGGCUGCGAGGCAAUAGUGGAGGGGUUUUACUCCGUCAUCAAGCGACAUUUAUUUCAAGGACCGAUGGAAAAUAAAAAUAUGGUCGAGAGAGCCAUUGUCGAUUGGCUUAUGCCAAUUCCCGCUAGAUGCCCAUCAACUAUUAAGUCUGUGGCAAAACUCUAUUUAAAAGGCCAUAGCAAGUUGAACUUGCUACCACAUAGGAGUGUACAUCACUCGGAUGUCAGGAAUCGAGGAAAAUACAGUGACGUUAGCAAGGUGAUAAAGCGUCACACGCAGAAACCGGUGAAUUAUCCGUUGUUUCUGGAUCAAGAAGACCUCACUGAUUUUGUUUAAGACUUGAAUACCUUAGUAAUUGUUUGAAAUAAAUGGCAUGGCGUUAAUUUUAGCGAAAAUUUUCAAACAUGUGUCUUACGACUAAUUUUUCCCUACAGCAUUCUUUAAUUUGGAAAAGGACUUAAUUUCAAUUUUUGCUCAAAUAAUAUCUUCGCAAUUUAAAAAUGUUUAAUCAACAUGAUACGUUGAAAUUAUUGAACUGGUGAUAAUUAGUAGAAAAGAUCAGUAAUAUUGCCAUGUUGUGACAAAAUUUAUACUCAGCUUGCAUUUGUACCCUAGAUGAAU